CCUCCUUUCCUCACUAUCGCCUGAAGAAAAAUCACCAUUUCACCAUUUCCUUUGCUUUCGGUGGAAACGGUGAGAGGAAAACAAAUCUCACCGAGACCAUCCACAGCCAUGUCCGCACUCCGCCUCUCUCCGUCGAUACCUCCGGUUUCCCUCUCGGCCAAAUAUCCCCUCCUCCAUUUCUCUCUCCGAACACCGUCGCUCGUCUCCCGACGGUCCCGGAACCUGAACGCCGCCUCCACCACGCGGCUAACCGUCACCGCCAAAUCCAACGGGAGUAGCGACUCCGUCGACGCCGGGGACAGGAUAAUCUCCGCCCUCGUCUACUUCUACCCGUUCUUCGACGGGAUCCAGUACGGGAAGUUCGUAAUCACCCAGUUCGCACCCAUCCAAACCCUCAUCCAGCCGCUGGUACCGGCGAUUAAGGUCUUCAAGGGCUUCCCGCUCAACGGCUUCCUGGUGUUUCUCACCCUCUACUUCGUAGUGGUCAGGAAUUCCAACUUCAGUAGGUACGUGAGGUUCAACACGAUGCAGGCGAUUGUGCUGGAUGUGCUCUUGAUUUUCCCUGAUUUGUUGGAGAGGACUUUCAAUCCCAGGGAAGGGUUGGGUCUGGAUUUGGUGAUGAGCCUGGAUAGCACUGUGUUCUUGUUCCUUUUGGUUAGCUUGAUUUAUGGGUCCAGUUCGUGUUUCCUGGGGCAGCUCCCCAGAUUGCCCAUUGUUGCCGAUGCUGCCGACAGGCAAGUCCUUUGACAGCACAGCAAAAAGGAGAGGAAAAUCCAAUCUGGGUUUUUUUGGGUUAGUUUGUUGAUGCUUGUAGUGAUGAUUAGGAAGGGAAUGCGAUCUCGUAACCUUGUUACGUGAGCUCGAAUUCGAUCCAAUUUGUUCUUGGAAGCUAUCAAUGAUAUAUAAGUUCUUGUUGUAUGUAUACAUUCAUGGUGGAACGUGGGAAUAUCAGUUCAAUACUGCAAUGCAUGGUCUCUGUCAUAGAGAAGCUGCUAUCACUUGUCUACCGUGCUUUAUGGUUGAAUCUGGUUGCGAGUUUGAGUUGAAUGGAUGGACAUGAAGUUGGUGCAGGGAAGGAAACGGCUAUUAUGCUUUUGACAUGCUGUUGCUUGUUUCCCAUGUACACCAUAGAUGUGAAAUUAUGUUGCUUUGUUGUGCUGCUAUGUGCUGUCUGUAGCAUUGGAAGACUGGUGACAUGUGAAUCCCAAUGUUCAAUUUCUCACUAGCGCAACUGCGCAAGCACAUGGGAACAUUUUGGAAAUCUCACUUGUUAGCUGGAACACUUAGCUCACAGGCCACAGCCUCAAACACAGUGUGGCAUUAAAGCAGUCAAAAGGCUGGGGGUAUUAGGGUUAGAAAAGUUAGUAAGUACAGAUGUUAACAACCUUUCGGACAUUAUGGUAGUUAAUGAUGGAAUACAGCCAGUACAUACUG